GUAUAUGUGGCUUGUCAGUCGAUGCUUAUUGUGCUUGUGGGAGCUGUGCCUGAGUAUCACGUUGUCCAAGAAGGAAUUCCAGCGAGCAGAGCUGAGCUUGCCAAGCAUAUCCGUUUUGCGGACAACUUCACAUCUAUAGUAACGGAGUGGUACCUAAUCGAACAAGAAGCUUACAAGGUGAGCCUUGCAUCAUCCCUAUAUUUUGCUGGAUUACUUAUUGGAAAUAUCACAUUUGGCCCUUUGUCAGAUAAACUGGGCAGGAAGCCAGUGUAUAUCUCAGGUCUAUUUUUUGAUGUAGUUUUUGGGUAUGUCACAGCAUUUGCUCCAAAUUAUGACGUAUUUGCAGUUUCACGUUUUUUUGUUGGAAUCGUGAAUGGUGGAAUGGCUCUUGUGUCUUUUGUCCUAACACAAGAAUAUGUAGGAAAAUCAUUUUGGUCAUUUACAGGUUCGUUAACUAAUAUGACGUUUGCAGUUGGCAUUGCUGUUUACGCUUUACUGGGUUACUGCGUGAGAGAAUGGCGCUACCUUGCCUUGGUAUCGAAUACUCCAGGAGUCAUCUUCUUUCUGCUUUCUUUUAUGCUACCAGAAUCGCCACGAUGGCUGUAUUCCCAAGGGAAAACGGCAGAAGCUGAAGAUGUGUUGCAAUAUAUUGCCCUUGCUAAUGGAAGAGAGAGAUUAAAUCUAAAAUUAAAACCAAGUGCGGGAACUUUAAGAAAGGAUGAGUCUGCACCUGGUAUCCUAAACUUAGUAAAACACCCAGUCCUUUGGUGGCAAACCAUCGCACUGAUGUACAUCUGGUAUGUCUGCAGCUUUGUGUACUAUGGUCUAACUUUAAAUGCUGGUGAAUUAAGAGGAAAUCUGUAUUUAAAUGUGGCCCUUUCUGGUCUUGUAGAAGUUCCAGCAUUUCCUCUCUGCAUGUUUUUUAUUGAGAAAUCCUGGUCUGGAAGAUGUAAAACUAUGACAUGUUUUCUGAUAUUUGCAGGGUUUGCCUGUAUAUUGACCAUGUUUUUACCAACAAAUGCUGGUAAGUAUGUACUGUUGCUAAAUCCCACUUUGUUAGUUUUGUGUGGAAAAAUGAUGGUCAGCGCCGCUUUCAACAUCAUGUAUAUUUAUACAUCGGAACUAUACCCAACAGUACUGAGAAAUGCUGGCUUGGGUGUCUGUUCCAUGUCUUGCAGAUUUGGGGGCAUUUUGGCUCCAUUUGUGCCAUCCAUGAAAUCUCUUAGUCCUUCUGUACCGUUUGUGGUGUUUGGAAUCAGUGGACUGUCAGCAGGAUUCCUGACUCUCCUUCUGCCAGAAACACUAAAUAAGCCAAUUGCUGAGAACAUAGAAGAUCUCCAGAGUCCCAAAUACCAAGUGCUUAAAAACGAAGAGGAAGA